CUAAGGUUGGACAGGGGAUGAAUAUUAAGCCUGCUGUUUUCUUAUUGGGGGUAAAAAAAUCAAGGCUGAGUUUAAGCUAACAACAAAGGAUAGUUUUCUGGAAGUCGGGACGGCGUGUGUCUUCAUCCACCUGAGCUGUGACAAGCCUCGUGUUCAUCACGUCGUGGGACAAUUUUUGCCUUUAAAAUGCUACUUUAUCUCGGUUAUUAGACCAUAACGUUAUGUUUUAUAGCUGUCAUAGCGUCUGUCACCAUUUCUUCGGGAACAUCCGUUCUGGUGAAUUUCCUCCUGUAGUAAUGAGCUUUACCUUGAAACUCCGUUUUCGACUAGAAACAGCAUUUUGACAAAUCAUCGUUUCUUAUGAAGCCCAUUGGGAGUGAACGCUUAAAUCACAUCCAUGUAGCCCCUCCUCUUUCUGCUGCGCUGACGAAGAGCCACAACAUCAGUGAGCUGCGAGUCAGUCAGCCACCAAACACAGAGGAAGACAGAGGAUCUCUAGAGGAAAGACGAGUCCAAGAAGGGAUCAAGUACGACAAUGAGGAUUAACUAACAUUUCUUGGACUGUGUGAAAAGGAGUGAAGAGAUUGGAUCAGCCUUUGUUGGAUGUUCUUCUUGUGUUUGUGAGUCAAGACUGUAAACUAAACAGGUUUUCUUUCCUGUGAAGUGGAUCCUUCCUUACUCUGGAGAACACUUUUACUAUCUGUAGCCUACUGUAGCACUAUGGAAGCUUUGAGUUGUGAACAGUCAAGUUCAGUUCAUGCUAUAGAAAUCUAUGUGUUUGUGUUGUUAGUUGAUUGAAUAGUUUAUGCCAGAGUAAUAACAAUGGUUGAACCGGUGGGGUUUGUGGCAGCAUGGAGAGCCCAGUUCCCUGAGUCUGAUCCCCCUUGCAUGGAGCUGAGUUCACUGGGGAACAUAGAGCAAGAGCUGGACAAAUGCAAGGCAUCUAUCAGGCACCUGGAGAAGGAAGUUAACAAGGAGCGCUUCCGGAUGAUCUACCUGCAGACUCUGCUUGCAAAAGAGAAGAAGUCUUAUGAUGGGCAGCGAUGGGGAUUUAAGAGCCCUCCCCAGAUGAAUGAUGGAGACCUGCCCAGUGGCCCAGACAGCCAGAGGUCAGAUGAGGCACCAGUGGAGGAGCAACAGCAAAGAGGGCCUGGCAAGACAGCCAGGUGUAAACCACAUCCAGAAGGAGAGGUGGAUGGUGCCUCCCCGGCCAAACAGAAGGGUGGAGUGUCACCUGUCCGCCAGGACUCGGAGAUUCCUGAUUUCCCACUGGGCACAGGCUCGGUGGCUGCGCUGAGGUCCAACUUUGAGCGCAUCAGGAGGGCCAACUCUCACACAGCUGGAGAUGGCAGAGGGUUGUCAGUUAUGGGUGGCCAGGAGAAACCUUUCUAUGUGAACAUGGAGUACCAUCACGAGCGAGGGCUGGUCAGAGUCAACGACAGAGAGGUCUCAGACAAGAUCAGCACCUUGGGCAGUCAGGCCAUGCAGAUGGAGCGCAAGAGGUCCCUGCACUCUGUCCCUGGGAACCUGUCAGCUGCCACAGGGGACAUUAGCAAGGCUGUUCAGAGAGGCAGGUCCACCGAGGGAAACUGCAGUUACAACGGGUCAUAUGAUGACGCCGAGGUCAGCCCGCACAUCCUGAAAGACAGCGUGAUCCGUUCCACUGGGGGGAAGUUUGAGCGGCAGCCAGCAGAGUGCCAGCCUUACACCAGUGUGUAUGUUGGGGGAAUGAUGGCUGACGGGGACACUCGGGUAAUCCACAUUAGGGACCACAGCAUAGAGGAGGAUGCACACCUCACCUGGCCGAGGCGCUCCUACUCCCCUGGUAACUUUGAGGACGUAGGAGGAGGCUACACACCAGACUGCAGCUCCAACGAGAACUUGACAUCCAGUGAGGAGGACUUCUCCUCAGGCCAGUCCAGCCACGUGUCUCCCAGUCCCACCACCUAUCAGAUGUACAGGGAGAAAAGCCGCUCACCCUCCCAGCACUCCCAGCAGUCCUUUGACAGCAGCAGCCCACCCACACCCCUAUCUCAGAAACGCCUGAAGCAGCAGGUGAUGGUGUCCGAGGCUUCCAUCAUCGGGGUCCGUAAAACAGGUCAGAUCUGGCCCAGUGAUGGGGACUCCACCACGUCCAGCAGGACAUCUCAUGACAACAGUGUUCAAGGAGAUCUGGAGGCUCCCUACAAUGAGACCCAUCCAUCAUAUGUCUAUGACCUGGCGCACUCGGAGGAUCACCAGCCUCGACACGACCCUCUAUCUUUCAGUGGAUCCCCGUCCUACUCACCGCGACUCCGCUCCAAGAGCCGGAGCAGCCGAGACACCCAGUCCUCUGGCUCUCUGGAGUCCACACUGUCGGUGGAGUUGGAUCAGGAGAAGGGGCUGGAGAUGAGAAAAUGGGUUCUUUCAGGAAUCCUGGCCAGUGAGGAGACUUAUCUCAGCCACCUGGAGGCCCUACUGAUACCCAUGAAGCCUCUGAGGGCCGCAGCCACAACUUCCCAACCGAUGCUGACCAUCCAGCAGAUUGAGACCAUCUUCUUCAAAGUCCCAGAGCUUCAUGAGAUCCACAAAGACUUCUAUGAUGCUCUGCUGCCCCGAGUCCAGGACUGGGGCCAUCAGCAGUGUGUGGGCGACCUCUUUCAAAAAUUGGCAAGCCAGCUUGGAGUGUACCGGGCCUUUGUGGAUAACUAUAAGGUUGCUGUGGAGACGGCGGACAAAUGCUGCCAGGCAAAUGCCCAGUUUGCAGAGAUAUCUGAGAAUCUCAAGGUCAAAAGCACAAAGGACUGCAAAGACCACUCGGCUAAAAAUUCACUGGAAACUCUUCUCUACAAACCUGUGGACAGAGUGACGCGCAGCACACUCGUUCUCCAUGACCUCCUGAAGCACACACCCUCAAGCCACCCAGACCAUCCACUGUUACAGGAUGCCCUGCGCAUCUCUCAGAACUUCCUGUCCAGUAUAAAUGAAGAGAUCACCCCGCGUAGACAAUCCAUGACAGUUAAGAAGGGAGAGAACCGUCAGCUGCUGAGGGACCGCUUUAUGGUGGAGCUGGUCGAAGGUUCCAGGAAACUCCGUCACGUCUUCCUCUUCACUGAUCUGCUGCUCUGCACCAAGCUAAAGAAACAGGCUGCGGGAAAAGGGCAACAGUAUGACUGUAAGUGGUACAUCCCACUGGCUGACCUGACCUUCCAAACCAUUGAGGACUGUGAGUCCACCCCCAUCCCUCUGGUCCAGGAUGAGGAGAUUGACGCCAUGAAAAUCAAAAUCUCCCAGAUCAAGAAUGAGAUCCAAAGAGAGAAGAGAACCACCAAAGGACCCAAAGUGAUCGAGCGACUGAGGAAGAAGUUAUCAGAACAAGAGUCUCUGCUGCUUCUAAUGUCACCCAAUAUGGCGUUCAGAGUGGCCAACAGAAAUGGCAAGGGUUUUACGUUUCUCAUUUCCUCUGACUAUGAACGUGCUGAAUGGAGAGAGAUCGUUCGUGAGCAGCAAAAGAAGUGCUUUAAAAGCUUCUCUCUGACCUCACUGGAGCUGCAGAUGCUCACUAACUCAUGUGUGAAACUCCAGACUGUUCACACGAUUCCAAUGACCAUGAAUAAGGAAGAUGAUGAAUCUCCUGGUUUGUACGGCUUCCUAAAUGUCAUCGUCCACUCUGCAUCAGGGCUGAAACAGAGCUUAAACCUUUACUGCUCCCUGGAGGUGGAUUCCUUUGGCUACUUUGUCAACAAAGCCAAAACACGUGUGUACAGAGACUCUACAGAGCCCAACUGGAACGAGGAGUUUGAGAUUGAACUGGAGGGCUCUCAGACUGUGAGGCUACUGUGCUAUGAGAAGUGCUGCAACAAAACAAAGCAAAGCAAAGAGGACGGAGAGAUCACAGACAAGAUCAUGGCCAAAGGACAAAUAAAGAUUGAGGUGAAGCUUUCGAUGAAGUUCACCAGCAGAGAGUUCAGUCUGAAGCGAAUGCCUUCACGGAAACAGUCGGGUGUCUUUGGAGUGAAGAUCAACGUAGUAACUAAGCGGGAACGCUCCAAGGUUCCCCUCAUUGUGAGGCAGUGUGUGGAGGAGAUUGAGCGACGAGGGAUGGACGAGGUGGGAAUCUACAGAGUGUCUGGCGUUGCAACUGACAUCCAGGCACUGAAGGCUGCCUUUGACUCAAACAACAGGGACGUGUCUGUCAUGAUGAGGGAGAUGGACGUAAACGCCAUUGCUGGAACACUGAAGCUGUAUUUCCGCGAGCUGCCAGAGCCUCUUUUCACUGAUGAGUUGUACCCCAACUUUGCAGGAGGCAUCGCUCUCUCUGACAGUGUGGCCAAAGAGAGCUGCAUGCUCAACCUGUUGCUGUCUCUACCAGAGCCCAAUCUGGUGACCUUCCUCUUCGUGCUGGACCACCUUAAAAGGGUGGCUGAAAAUGAAAGCAUCAACAAGAUGUCUCUGCACAAUCUGGCCACAGUUUUUGGUCCCACUUUGCUGCGGCCCUCUGAAAAAGACAGCAAAAUCUCAAACAGCUCGCAGCCAAUUUCCAUGAAUGACAGCUGGUCUCUAGAGGUCAUGGCUCAGGUUCAAGUCCUUCUCUACUUCCUUCAGCUGGAGAGCAUUCCAACACCUGACAGCAAACGUCAAAGCCUUCUCUUCUCUACUGAAGUAUAACAGGAACAUCAUGCACUUGUCUGUAAAUGUUCUGCUUGGAGGCAGAAUGUCGGCUGCUUAAUGAGGUGGAAGCUGCUGAGCAGCCAUGGCUGGCUGGUUUCCUCUGAGGAUGCUUAAUGUAGCCACUAGGUGGAACCGUCAACACAUGGUAAACUGGAAACAGCCACCAUGACCAAAGCCAUUUCUUUUGGAGAUGUGAUGAGCAUGUGUGUUCUGUUUACUUACAAGCUUGCCUGCUGCAUCAGUAAAAGACAACCGUAUAUGAUGUGUGGACAAAUUAUAUCAUUCCUUUUGUAAUUAAAUUUUAAAUUUCAAGAAGCGUUAUUUACUGACUUUAAUAUGUUUCACUGCCCCGUUCUGUCACUGUGCACAUUAGCUCAAUAUUCACAGAGGGGGAUUUCUGCUGUAGUUGAGUUUUCAAAGAUUUAUCUCUGUGGCAGGAUGAUGGAUGGAUGAAUGGUUGGAUGAAUGGACAUAUGUUUUUCCAUGUCUGUACAUUUUUUUCCCACCAGAAAUGUUUGACUUGGUUUUAAGCUCACCUGUGCCAAUGUUUCCCUGCUGAUGACCAAUAGAACAUUUCAGUUCCCCUAAUGUUUACAUACACUCUUAAUUUUGUACAGAAUUUAACAGUAUGAGACUGAAAACUGUAGUUAACACACAGCAACAUGCAGGCAUGUUGGCCGAACCAUUUAAAGUGUUUUGGUAUCUGUGCUAUACAGCUUGUAUAGUGACCUUAUUUCGUUCACAGGUUCUUCUAGUGGUGUCCGAGCCAACUUUUAUGUAGAUAGUGCUUUUAUGAAAGUGGUACAGAGAAGUGAAAGGCAAAUCAUUCCAGGAAAAGGGCGGGGCCUAACCCCUCCACCCGAGGAAUGUAUACUGUGCUGUGUAUAAAUUUUAAUUUUGCAGUUGUCUUUUGUCAAUAUUUCAUAUGUUUUGUGUCCACGUUGUUUUUUCUUUUUUGAUUUGAUUUAUUCUGUUGAUUUAUAUGUGUUGCUUCCUGCAUCCUUCACUGUAGUCUACCUAUCUAGGACAAAGCCACACUGCUGUAGAAAUGAGAGCACCUGGAGAUUAUCUCAAAUACCAAAUGUUCCCGAGUAAGAUCCUUGAAGCACAGUGAUUCACUCAUAUCCAUGUCCCCUGGCUUAUUACUAGGUUUAUCAUCCACAUGCCUAGAAUUACUUACUGAAAAUACACUCUGUGCUUGCAUUAAUAUUUUUCUUCCAAAUCACUACAAGUAUUCAACACUUGUCAGCACAAACUAUAACCCUAAAGGCUUGUGAUUUAUGUAAAAUAAGCAAUAACUCUUAGUGAUUAUUAGGAUGAGACUAGUGGAUUGUGUAUGUAUGAUUUAUGUAAAUAAAAACUUGGUAACAAUA